AUGGUACCAGGAGGCCUGGUGUUGCAUCCUGGUGAUGGUUUACCCGAAGCCCCAUCCACAGCGCUCAGCAUCAUCAAACUGCUCAGCUUGACACAUGAGCUACCGGCCUUCCAGUGUCGGAAAAAAGCGAAGCCUCCGUUGACGUGGCCAAGGUCAGUGGUCGCCGCCUCAGUCAAAGGGCGUCAACGAGCGCUUCAAGGAUCUUUGCGAAGAAAGAUCGAAGGCCACGCGCCAGGACAAACACCAAAGCAGAAUGGCCUCUCUUGUGCUUUCACUGGAACGGACUUUAAGCGGGUCCGUCUAGACUCUGGUCUGGGACAGGGGUCCUGCAACCAUAACUUAACCCAGUCUCAGUCUCUGCAGGGCUCGUCCGUCAUGGGUAUGCAGAGGAAGAAUUACAUGAUGCCCCAUGGUGUGGGCUCAGACAUAUUCAACAUGACCCUGAAAGAGAUGAAAAAAGAGCCCAUUGAGGUCCAGUCUUGUGGCCAGUCACAUGGAGAGAUGAUUUUUGAUUUCAAAGAUGAAGGGGGUGGUCACAUCGACCCAGAGCUCCAGGACCUGUUUGAUGAGCUGACUAAAUCGGUGCCGCCGCUAAAUGACCUUGAAUUUGAGAAGAUGCUGAAGCAGGAUGACACGUUCGGUUUGGAUUUAGGUCGUCCGAGUUCAGCGGGAGCAGCUGGCAGUCUGUGCUCCCCGUUGGAUAAGCCAAUAAAGAUGGAACACUCCCCGGAUUUCAGCCAGGUUCAUUGCGGAUCACCACAGCUUCGUCCGGCCUCAGCGGGACCGUCGUUCACACUGACCAGCACCUCCCCGACGGCGUCCUCGCAGAAAACCAACGCCCAGCCGGGACACCCCAGAGCCAUGCCCUGCUGGCCCGAAAUAUCCCACGCCGAGCAGCUGAAACAGAUGGCGGCAAACCAGCAGCAACCAAGCUCCCUUCUUCAUCAUCACCACCAAACGCCACCUGCAGGCCUGACCAGCUGGGCGCCCGCCAUGAGCACCCACUCCUCCACCAGCUCCUUCCCACAGGAUAAGGUCUCAAACCCCGCCUCUCUUAACCAGCAGAGGAUUGGCUCCCAGAAUAAAGGCUUGAACAACUGCCUCUUCAAGUCCAACGGCCACAGUGGUUCCCAUCAUCUAGACAUGAAGGUUCUCAGCAUCAAGCCAACGUUGCACUUCAGCCCCAAAGCCCCCCACACCGCCAGCCAGCCGAUGCCUAUCAUGGCAAGCUCAGUGAACAAGACUUCAUCUCAGCAGCAGCAGCAGUCGCCGUCAAGCAGCCAGAGUCAGCCUCAUUCAGCUCUCCACUUCCAGAACCAGCAGAUCCCGGGGCCUCUUUGUUUGCAGCAGAAGUCCGGACCCCCACACGGAGGAGGAGGCCUGCCCUUCAAACUGUCACAACAGCGACAGGGUGUUCCUCCUGGUCCGAGGCUGCCCACUAAUGGAAGCUUAGGAGUCAUGUCCGGCCAGUCGCAGCCUAGGCCCCCGGCGCCCGCCAACCAGCAGAAAGGCCCGGCCAAAGCUCAAGCCAUGCAGGGUCGGAUUAAUCAGCAGCAGCACGCCAUCAACAGCCCAGACAAAGACAGCACACAUGAACAGUUCAGUCGACACCUUACGAGACCACCGCCUGAUUACAAGCAGUCAAGGAGUAUGGUGGGAGUUCAGCACGGAAGCAUCUUCACAGGUCAAAACCCCUCCCAGGCAUCCAGCAACGGCCCUGAUAAUGAUCUGCAAACCAUGUCUUGCCAUCUCCCGAGCGGGUCCGGAUCAAAGAUAAGUCCCUCCCCAUCAGAUCGUAGGUUUGGUAUUGGCAACGACUGUCACCCCAGUCCUUGUAUUAACCAGUUCCAGCAGCAGCAGCACAACAAUCAGAACCGAAUCGGACUUAAUCAAAACAAGCCUAGAUUCCUGGGACCGAACACACAAGGGAAUUCUUUUGGACUGAACAAUGUAGCGGGCGUACAACAUCCAAGAACAGCUGCUGAGCUCCCCAGACCGGGUCUCGGAGGCAUGAUGACAAAUGUCAACAUGGGCUGGGGUUCAGCUAACAAGCAAGUGACACCCGUGAGCAGACGGCUGCAGUCUCAGUUGGACAUGCCAAACCUCCCGUACCAACAGAGGAACAUCUGCCCCCCCAACCAGGUAGCACCGGACAUGGGGAUGCUUCCUCUGAACCCUGCGAUAAGAGACACGGGUCCGAGACCGAGCCAGCCGAUGAUGGGCUCUCAAUCGGCGAUGGGGAACCUAAAUCAGGCUUCUCCUGAGCAAAGGGUACCAGCGGGGAACUUUGGAGAACCCAGUCCCAGUUCUAGCAGCUACCAGAGUAACCGGGCCAACCGUCUGACCUUUGACUUCCUUCCCGAAGGAGACAACACAGUUCCAGGGAUCAAUACGGACUCCGACUUCAUAGACUCUCUGCUGAAGUCUGGCUCUGGUAAUGAUGACUGGAUGAAAGAUAUAAAUUUGGAUGAGAUUCUGGGCAGUCACUCGUGAAUUUGGGUCAGAGAUAAAAGCUAAAAAUCAACCCACAGCUCAAACUUUGGAGGUUAUUGAUAUAAGGGUUAACAUUUGUAAAUGAUGUUGAAAUGGAAUUUUAUAAGUACUCAUAUUAUUUGUUAUUCAAGUAUAUUGUAAUGUUUUAUAUUGUAUUUACUGUGAAAGGGAUUUGUGUUCUGUUCUUAGUACUCAGCAUUUUUUUCCCCUGGUAUAUCAGCCGAGAAACUGCUUUUUAUUACAGUCACCGUCUUUGUGGUCUGUUUGGUCAUGCUCAUGCUGUAGUGCUGUCAAAAAGGAAAAAAAAAACCCAACAAAUUCACACUGUGAAAAAAAUAACAUUGUUG